AUGGUCAACACUAAAAAGAAUCGAUCUCACGGAUUGAAGAACAACGUUGUGGAACCUCAACUGGAUAGCUCAGCGAUGGUAGCCAAUGGAGAUAUUGCUGGUUGCUCGAAAGGCAAAGUUCCUAUAUGGUUGACGUUCGAGAAUUCUGUUGGCAGCGAGCUCAUCGAUAGCACUUUCGCUGAAGAUUGGGAUGCAUGCCGGCAGAUGUGCGAAAAUGAGGCAAGUGAUACUGUCUCUCCUUUCCAUGGCUGCGCCAACUUUGUUGCAUUCAGAGACUAUUCACUAACGGUCCAACCUCAGGAACUGUUCGAAGGUCUUCCUCCCGGCUACGAAGGUCUAAAGCUUUGCGUUGAACUCUGUGUCCUCAGUACUGAAUACUCAUGUCGGCGAGUUUCGAAAUGCUCGACGGAGUAUGCAAACUACACGCUGUGGAUUCGAUCUCGGCUCCGACGAAAUUUUGAACCUUCUCACGUCCAACAUCAGCUCUACUUCGAGAACGACAGGAGUUUCGUCUCUAUUGAGCGAGUCCCGACAAAGGAUGCAUCAUCACCCAAAGCGCUGCAAAUCAAACCCAUAAAAUUGAAGAAACUCAAGUUGCACAGAAACAGGAAACAUUCUGGAUUUAUGGGUUUGUGA